GGGAAAGAUACAGCGGCGUACUUUUUUCUUUUUGAACCUGACACGUGUCUGUCUCAAGUUAAACACAUAUAAAAAAAAGAGCCAUGUCUGAUAGUUCUGAUGACGAGUUUCAGCCUCUUGAGCCCACUCUCAAGAACGUACUAGACCAAAAUUCGUUGCACUGGAUUUUCGUUGGUGGCAAGGGUGGUGUUGGUAAAACGACCACGUCAUGUUCGCUGGCCGUCCAACUUUCGAAAGUGCGAGAAUCUGUUUUAUUGAUUUCGACCGAUCCAGCACACAACUUGUCUGAUGCAUUCGGUCAAAAGUUCUCCAAGGAAGCGACGCUUGUCAAUGGUUUUGAAAACCUGUAUGCUAUGGAAAUCGACCCUACGUCAAGUAUCCAAGAGAUGAUCGACCAAUCGGAACAGGGCAAUGCUAUGGGCAGCAUGGUUCAAGAUUUGGCGUACGCUAUUCCCGGUGUUGAUGAAGCCAUGGGCUUUGCUGAAGUUAUGAAACAAGUCAAGUCCAUGAAGUACUCGGUUAUCGUUUUCGAUACUGCGCCUACCGGUCACACAUUGCGUUUCUUGUCGUUUCCUACAGUUUUGGAAAAGGCAUUGGCCAAGAUCAGCGGAUUGAGCGGUCGGUUCGGUCCCAUGUUCCAGCAAGUCUCAGGUAUGAUGGGCUUGAACGCAAACCAAGAGGAUAUGUUUUCCAAAUUGGAAGAAAUGCGGUCUGUUAUUACCGAGGUGAACAACCAGUUCAAAGACCCUAACAUCACUACGUUUAUUUGCGUAUGCAUUUCUGAAUUCUUGUCACUGUAUGAAACCGAGCGUAUGAUCCAAGAAUUGACUUCGUAUCACAUUGAUACGCAUAAUAUUGUUGUCAACCAACUUCUGUUCCCUAAGGAUGGAUCCAACUGUGAGCAUUGCAAUGUACGACACAAGAUGCAGCAAAAAUACCUUGAGCAAAUCUAUGACCUUUAUGAAGAUUUCCACAUUGUGCGGAUGCCUCUGUUGACCAAGGAAGUACGUGGUACUGAGGACAUUAAAGAUUUCAGCAAAAUGUUGAUCGAGCCAUAUCAGACACUUAAAGAGUGAAUAGAACAAAAAAAAAGAUACAAAUUUCUGACUGAUAAGUUGCUGUAAUUGGGAAAAGAAACCAAAAUAUACAUAUUUACAUAUUCAUAUUGACUAAAGAAAUUAUAAUAAUCCAAUAAAGUGUGGAUGUGCUCAAUUGGUUUAUACCAUCC